CGGCCACAGCAGCAGCCCGGACUGUAGCACCACUCCUUUGCCGGCUGCCUCGCGUGGAGAUUCUCUUGCCUUUCUUCUCCUAUUAUAAUUUUUUUUCUCUUCCAAUUUAAAAGGGGAGGUAAUUUAUUUUUUUUAAUACUAUAUUUUUUCAUCCCGCUUUCCAUCGCGGUUCGCGGCGGGGCUCGUCCUCGCUCCCUCCCAGCACGCAGCGGCUGCACUGGGGCCGUUCCUGCCCGGCUUUGUGCCCUGCAGACCCGGCCCUCCUUUUCCUCCUCCUCCCCCUGCUGCCGUAAAACCUUCACGAGGCUCGGAGCAGCAUCCGAAAGCGCCGCAGCCGCUCGCCGAAAGCCACCGACUGCAACAAAAACCCUUUUUUUUUUUUUUUUUUUUUUUGUCAUAUAUUUCCCCCACCUCCUUCCCCCUCCCCCCUUUUUUUAUUUCUCCUCCUCCUCCCUCCCGCAAACGCAUCAAGGUGGACGCGGAGCGCAAAAAGACCUUUGUUUUAAAAAUGCCCAUGGAGCUGACGCAAAGCCGCAUCCAGAAGAUUUGGCUUCCCAAUGACAACCGCCCGGCGCUGCCCCGCCGCUCCUGUGGGCCUCAGCUUGCCAAUUCCCCCACUGUGAUUGUCAUGGUUGGCCUCCCAGCCCGUGGCAAGACCUACAUCUCCAAGAAGCUGACUCGCUACCUCAACUGGAUUGGUGUCCCCACAAAAGUUUUCAAUGUUGGGGAGUAUCGCCGCGAGGCCGUGAAGCAUUACAGCUCCUAUGACUUCUUCCGUCCUGACAACGAGGAAGCCAUGAAAGUCAGGAGGCAAUGUGCCAUGGCUGCCCUGAGGGAUGUGAAGCUGUACCUGACGGAGGAGGCUGGACAGAUUGCGGUUUUUGAUGCCACCAAUACCACGAGGGAGAGGAGAGGGAUGAUCCUAAACUUUGCCAAAGAGAACGGAUUCAAGGUGUUCUUCAUUGAAUCUGUCUGCAAUGAUCCCAACGUAGUUGCCACCAACGUUAUGGAAGUCAAAUUGUCCAGCCCAGAUUACCGGGACUGUAAUUCCACCGAUGCCAUGGAGGAUUUCAUGAAGAGGAUCAAUUGUUACCAAGCCAGCUACCAGCCCCUUGACCCUGAUGACUAUGACAGGGAACUUUCUCUCAUCAAAGUCAUCGAUGUUGGCCGGCGGUUCCUGGUCAACAGGGUUCAGGAUCACAUCCAGAGCAGGAUUGUUUAUUACCUGAUGAACAUCCACGUCCAGCCCCGCACCAUUUACCUCUGUCGGCACGGCGAGAGCGAGUUCAACCUCAAGGGGAGGAUUGGAGGAGACUCUGGCCUCUCCAACAGGGGCAAGAAGUUUGCAGUGGCGCUGAACAAAUUUGUGGAAGAGCAGAACCUGAAGGACCUCAAAAUUUGGACCAGCCAGCUAAAGAGGACAAUCCAAACAGCAGAAGCUCUCCAGCUGCCCUAUGAGCAGUGGAAGGCACUCAAUGAAAUCGAUGCUGGUGUGUGUGAAGAAAUGACCUAUGAAGAAAUCAGGGAGCAACAUCCAGAGGAAUUUGCUCUGCGUGAUCAGGAUAAAUAUUACUACCGUUAUCCUUCUGGGGAGUCCUACCAAGACCUGGUGCAGCGCCUGGAACCAGUCAUCAUGGAGCUGGAGAGGCAAGAAAACGUCCUUGUCAUCUGCCACCAGGCUGUCAUGCGCUGUCUCCUGGCGUACUUCCUGGACAAGAGUGCAGAUGAAAUGCCCUACCUGAAGUGUCCCCUGCACACAGUGUUGAAGCUGACUCCUGUAGCCUAUGGCUGCCGCGUGGAAUCCAUCUCACUGAACAUUGAAGCAGUCAACACCCACAGAGAUCGGCCAGAGGAAGCAAAGAAGGGACCUAACCCGCUCAUGAGACGUAAUAGCGUUACCCCUCUAGCAAGCCCAGAGCCCACCAAAAAACCUCGCAUCAACAGCUUUGAGGAGCAUGUGGCUGUUUCUUCUGCCCUGCCAGGCUGUGUUCCUCAGGAAGUGCCCACGCAGAUGCCGGGACAACCUUUACUAGGGAAGGCAUGCCUAACAUGAGCAACUCCCAGAAGCUGUCGUGACUCCGUGGGCACCUUCACGAGGCCGCUGGCGCUGCCGGCGCCGCCAGCUUCUCAUCCCAUCGCCAUUCCCGAAGCUUGCUUACAAACCGGUCCCCUCCGGCCGCGGUGAGGCUCCGCUCACGCUGCCCGUUCAUCCGCAAAAUCCCGCGCUGCUGAGGGGGGAGGGAUGCAGGAGAGCGGCGGAGGAGCCCAGCUCCCUCACGGGGUCACCACCAGCUCUUCAGGCUGCAGCGUUUGCUCUCCUCUCCAGCAUCCUGUAGCGAGCUGUAAAGUGCUUCUGUAGUGCACAGGAGUUUAAUUUUCCUCCCUUUCCAGUGGUUUGGAUCUUCUGUAUAGAUGAUUGGUACCCAUCCAUCUCUGGGUGGGGUGUGUAUAUAUGUGGAUGG